AUGGCUGCCAAGAUUUUACAUUCUUUGACAGAUGAUAAUCCAGAUUUGCAAAAGCAAGUAGGAUGUAUGAUGGGCAUUUUUCAACUGUUUGAUCGCCAACCUAUUCUUACUGGGAGGCGUAUUGUUGGCCACAGCUCAAAGAGGCUGCCUCCUGGAAAAUCCCACUUCCAUAAUGACAAUUUGGAAACAGACUCUAACACUGCAGAACGAAGAUCAGUGCCAGUGGAAAAGUAUUUGACCAAUAACAUACAAGAGAGACAAAGAGUCUCCACAGAAUUGUCCAGGGCCUCAUUCUCAUCUUCACGUUCAUCUUCUUUCUCUUCUAUAGACUGUAACCAAACCAAUCAAUUAGAACCUGUGUCCUUAGACCGCAUGAUUUUUCCUGAAACUCCUUCAAGAAAUCCAGCAGUGAACAUGCAAAAUUCAUCUCCAAAAUUUAAUCGACAAGCACUUGAUCUUCGGGAUGUCGUGAAGGACUCCAUUUACAGGGAAGUUCAGGGUUUAUCAGUGAAAACCAAAACCUUUGAGGAGGCACCAGAUCUUAUGGUGAAGUUCAAGGAUUUCCCGCGGCAACUACCAAGAAAUACAGAUGGUUCUCAAGACUCAGCUAAAUUUCGAGAAGCACCUUGGUAUCAUAAUGAACCGCGAGAACUUUUAAGAUCACCAUCCUUCCACUCAAAAGAUGGUUCUUCGUUUUCGAUUUCAAAAGAUGCCCCUAGGUUUUCUUCUGAUGGAAGGGAAAUAAGUUACGUACCCUUUGAAUCACGGGACAUUUCCAAAUCUACCCAAAAGCUUAAAGAUCUUCCAAGACUUUCAUUAGACAGCAGAGAGGGUUCACUGAAGAAUUCAAAUGCUAAUUCGAAAUCCAUCUUUCACUUCAAAACUUUGCACAAGGAUAGUGGUGAGUUUAACGGUAAGGUUCAGAGUUUGCAACAAACAUCAGGAAACCAGGCACGGCAGACAAGUGUUGUAGCAAAGCUGAUGGGUUUAGAAACCCUGCCUGAUUCUGUUGUAGCUGGCAGUACCAACUCCAGCUCCGGGAGAACUUAUCCGGUUGAAGAAUUUGUUAACUUUUCAAGGUCAUCUGAGGAAAUGGAUUCAUUGAAACCAAUCCAACUGUCUAGUUCCUCAAAGUUAUGGAAAGAGCCUAGUUCACCACAUGGGAGAAAUCCUGAUUCUGUCAUGAAACAUAUAUCCCGAUUUUCAAUUGAAUCAGCACCAAAGAAGCAGAUUGAUAUGACAAGGCUUACUCGGAAACCAGCCUCUAGAAGUACGAGAGGUUCAGCGAGGGCACCAAACAUCUUUCCUUCUGUUUACAGUGAGAUAGAGAAGAGGUUGAAAGAUCUUGAAUUUGCACAUUCUGGAAAGGACCUGAGAGCACUUAAACAGAUACUGGAAGCAAUGCAGGCCAAGGGACUAUUAGAAACCCAAAAGGAAGGACAAGAUUAUAAUUUCACAUCUCUGAAUGACCACGAGCAAACGUAUACGAGUUCCAGACAGGAUGCAAGAACAGUAAACAGCAGAAAGCUUCAAACUGAUCGAGUUCUUUCAUCCUCCCAAAAGAGGGCCAAUUCUCUGAGACAUUUUGAAUCUCCAAUAAUAAUCAUGAAACCAGCAAAACUUGUUCAAAAAACUGACAUGCCUGCUUCUUCUGUAAUUUCACUGGAUGGCUUUUCUGGUCUACCCAAACUUCAGGGUGGUGAGUUCAUUGAUAACAGAAAGGGUUUAAGUAACGGAAGAGCUGCUAAAGACCAGAUUUUUAAAGAAAGAAACCGAGAAAAUUCUGUUAACCAUGUCCACAUGAGAACAGACAGCAGAAAUUUAAUUACGGCACACGCUUCAGAAAGAUCCCAACAGCUACAUAAAGAAAGCACAUCGGGAUUUAGAAAGAGUUCAGAAUCCAUUAGCCCAAGAAUGCAACAUAAGAAACUAGAGCUGGAAAAGAGGUCUAAGCCACUCAUGCCUUCUGAUUCAAUAAAAUCGAGAAGACAGUCAAACAAUAAACAAGAAGAGUCGAGCUCCUCUGGUGGCCUACGCAGGCCAAACCAUCCCAACUCACUGCAAAAGGAUGACCGCCUGAUUGAGGGCAGCAGCAACUUGAGAAAUUUGAAUAUCCAGAAGAAUGAAAUUUCUGUCCAAUCCAAUAGGGGUAUCAUAUUAGGUUCCAAGAAUGUGGAAGUCAAUAGUUUUGAUGAAAGUUCUCCGGACAUAAUAAUGUCUGCUGAGUUCUUGAUAUCUGGAGUAGUAGAGAAGAAAUCCAACCGGAUGGUGAGUGAAAAAGAACAGGCUGAGGCUGGUGCUCCUCCUGAGUACCCCAGCCCCGUCUCUGUUCUUGACAACAACGUGUCCACAGAUGAUUCACCUUCACCCGUAAAGCACGUAGGGAAGACCUUUAAAGGGGAUGAAUCCAUCGACUCUGAUAGAAUUUUAAACACAGUGGUAGGCAGUUCAGCAAAUUUCAUACCGAACUCCAAGAGAUCCGGUUCUGCCUCUCAAGUUAACGGAAAGAAACUACAGGACAUCGAAAACUUAGUUCAGAAGCUUAGAAGGCUUAACUCGAGCCAUGAUGAAGCACAUACAGAUUACAUUGCCUCUCUCUGUGAGAACCCGGACCCCAACCAUAGAUACAUUUCCGAGAUUUUAUUAGCUUCAGGUCUCCUCCUCAAAGACCUUGGUUCGAGCCUGACAAAUUUCCAGUUUCAUCCGUCGGGACAUCCUAUCAAUCCUGAGUUAUUUCUGGUCUUGGAACAAACUAAGGCAAGCAGUUUACACAAGGAAGAAUGUAGUGCCGAAAAGACAGCACAAUUGCUUACCAAGGAGAAAUUUCAUCGGAAACUCUUCUUUGAUGUUGUAAACGAGAUUCUUGCAAGAAAAUUCACUUUGGUCGGACCCUUCUCCGAACAUUGGUUGAGACCGAAUAAGCUGGCAGGGAAGACCUUGAAUGCACAAAAGCUUCUCAAAGAAUUGUGCUCUGAGAUCGAAGAACUUCAAAAGAAAAUUUCAAAAUGCAGCUUUGAUGAAGAGGACGACGGACUGAAAAAUAUCUUAUUUGAAGAUUUGAUGCAUCAAUCAGAAACUUGGAUUAAUUUCAACGGUGAAAUUUCUGGUGUUGUCGUGGAUGUUGAGCGCUUAAUCUUCAAAGAUUUUGUUGACGAGGUUGUGGUUGGCGCAGUAGCUGGUCUGAAGACCAAACCAAUUCGGCGUAGACAGAUCUUCUCAUAA